GACGCGAGCGCGCGGCGGCGGCGGCGGCGGCACCGGCGGCGUCCAGAGCCGCCACCUCCGAGACCACCGCAGCUGGGGGCGCGGGCGGGGCGCGGGCGAGGGGCGGGAACGCUCGGGGCUCGGCCGGGGGUCUGCGCGGAGAAGUCGCGGGCCGCGGACUCCCGCGGAGUGUGUCAGCCUCGCGGUUCCUCGCUCGCCUGCGCUCCUAGAAGGGGCGGCCGCCUCCAGGUGACACUUGACGGGACUCUCGCUUGCGCUUUCCAGAUGCAUCAGAGAUACUUUUGGACUGACCAAGGCCGAGUGGCGUUCGGCGGGCACUACAUGGCCGAGGGCGAAGGGUACUUUGCCAUGGCGGAGGACGAGCUGGCCGGCGGCCCCUUCAUCCCCCUGGGUGGCGACUUCGGCGGAGGCGGCGGCGGCGGCGGCGGUGGCAGCUAUGGGGACCGCUGCUCGGACUAUUGCGAAAGCCCCACGGCGCACUGUAACGUGCUCAACUGGGAGCAAGUGCAGCGGCUGGACGGCAUCCUGAGCGAGACCAUCCCGAUCCACGGGCGCGGUAACUUCCCCACGCUCGAGCUGCAGCCGAGCCUGAUCGUGAAGGUGGUGAGGAGGCGCCUGGAGGAAAAGGGCAUAGGUGUCCGCGACGUGCGCCUCAACGGCUCGGCCGCCAGCCACGUCCUGCACCAGGACAGUGGCCUGGGCUACAAGGACCUGGACCUCAUCUUCUGCACUGACCUGCGUGGGGAAGAGGAGUUUCAGACUGUGAAGGACGUCGUGCUGGAUUGCCUGUUAGACUUCUUGCCCGAAGGGGUGAACAAGGAGAAGAUCACACCGCUCACUCUCAAGGAAGCUUAUGUGCAGAAAAUGGUUAAAGUGUGCAAUGACUCUGACCGGUGGAGUCUGAUCUCCCUGUCAAACAACAGCGGCAAAAACGUGGAGCUGAAGUUUGUGGAUUCCCUCCGGAGGCAGUUCGAAUUCAGUGUAGAUUCCUUUCAGAUCAAGUUAGACUCUCUUCUCCUCUUUUACGAGUGUUCCGAGAACCCAAUGACGGAGACAUUUCACCCCACGAUAAUCGGCGAGAGCGUCUACGGUGAUUUCCACGAAGCCUUUGAUCACCUUUGCAACAAGAUCAUUGCCACCAGGAACCCAGAGGAAAUAAGAGGAGGAGGCCUGCUGAAGUACUGCAAUCUCCUGGUGAGGGGCUUCAGGCCUGCCUCCGAGGAGAUCAAGACCCUCCAGAGGUACAUGUGUUCCAGGUUUUUUAUUGACUUCUCAGACAUCGGGGAGCAGCAAAGAAAGCUGGAAUCCUACUUGCAGAACCACUUCGUGGGCUUGGAAGACCGCAAGUAUGACUAUCUCAUGACCCUUCACGGAGUGGUAAAUGAGAGUACGGUGUGCCUGAUGGGACAUGAGAGGAGGCAGACUUUAAACCUUAUCACCAUGCUGGCAAUCCGGGUGCUCGCUGACCAAAAUGUCAUCCCCAAUGUGGCUAAUGUCACCUGCUAUUACCAGCCGGCCCCCUAUGUUGCAGAUGCUAACUUUAGCAAUUACUACAUUGCGCAAGUUCAGCCAGUAUUCACAUGCCAGCAGCAGACAUACUCCACUUGGUUACCCUGCAAUUAAGAAUCCUUUAAAGAUGUCCUCUGGGGAGGCCAUUUUAGACAAGGUAGGAAAAAAAAAAAAGAAAAGAAAAAAGAAUAAAGAAAGAAAAGAAAAAUACAAAACAACAACAACCAAAAUGGAGUGACCCAGUCCUAAUUAGGGAUGUUUUCUGUGCAUUGAGGACAUGCUCCUGAUUUUUAGCUUGGCCAUGAUCAUGGAUCGUUCCAUUGGUAAGGGAGCAUGAUCUCAACUUUAGCCACUCACCCCCCUGUGGUCUCUACCCUAUUGGAUCAUAUCUUGGAACAAAAGAGGCCCAUUAGUAAAAAGCAGUCAGGUUCUCCCAAGAUAACAAGGGAAUUAAAAAAAAAAAAAAAGAAGAAGAAGAAUGCUUGAUUUUUGACAAUAUGGGUUGCAGCAACUACUCCCAUAGCUCUGCCACAGGGGAGGGGAAUGGUGAAAAGACUUUUAAGAUGGGCACUCACCGAGGAGAAAAGCCUUGCCUAUCAGUUGAGGAGGUCUGAAGGUAACAACAGAGGCAAGGGGGGUGGCUGGUGGGGAUUGCCAUUUGUCUUGCAGCAAGUGCUCUCUGGAAAGAUCCUGCUUUCCUCAGAGAAACAGCUCAGUCCAAACCAACAGGAGUAGGCUGAUGCUGUUCUCAUGACAAACAGCAGAACGUAACAGUGACACAACCCAUUAAUUCCAGCUUCCUGCAUAGCUCGCGUUUUUUUAAAAUGUGAAGACGCAAGCAACAAACAGCUAUAGCCAAGAAAAUAUGCUCAAGGACCAAAGAUUUAACAGAUAAAAAUUCCCAAGCAGAAGAGAUAGGCUAGGGUAUAUAAAGAGUUACUAUAUUUGUUACACACCAAUACACAUCAAAGUGCCUGUUGCUUUCAGCAGAUUUGAAGUGGAAAAGGUUAUUUUAUGGUUUAAUGAUUAUUUUAUCAGGGACUCAAGAAAAAAAAAUGAAACAAAGUAUAAGCUUGUGAAUGGUGGAGGAAAUGCCCUAUUUUUUUUUCUUGGCAAAUACCUAUAUAAAGUUGAUAUUGUUUGUUGUGAUGUUAUCCUAGGUAUGUGUCUAUGUUGUUUGUGUGUAUACACACACAUAUAGGUGAUAUGUGUAUAAACACACACACUUUGUCUGUGAUCUGAAAUAAUGUAUCAAAUAGGAACGCUUAAUUACAGUGCUUUUUAUGUUUUUGGUAGGAUCAUAGAAGAUAUGGGCAUAUUGCAAUGAUGACUUAAAACUUAUAUAAAAAUAAGACAAAUGGAGGGAAAUGAAUAAUAUAUUUGAUAGGAAAAGCAGAGAUUAUACAUUUUUAGUGAGUUUUUUUCUUCUUUUCAGUGGAAACUUCAAAUAUGGGAAAAUAUUUGCUAGAACACUUUUUAGUUGACCUGACCUGACAUUUUGACAGUCUGAACCCCUCCCCCUUAAAUAAGUAGAAUCACAUGCCUUCAAGGCAUAGAAGUUGUGGAUCAUGGAACAGAGAUAAUAUAAUUAAAUCCAUAACUGCUAAAAUAAAAACUUUCUGGAACCCGAACACUACUUCUUAAAUGAACAUACAAAUGAGUGCAUUCUGCAUUUUGGACCACUAGAAUUUAAUGAAUGUGAAAUGACCCUUUUUAAAGAGUAUUUGCACAACUACAUAAAGUUUAUAUAUAGGAUAUAUAUAUAUUAUAUACAUUUUAUAAAUUUAUCCAAUACGAAAGUUGUUUGAUCUGGUUGUCCCACUGCACAGAAAUAUUUAGUACUGUACCUUAAAUUAAAUCACUUUGCAUUUGUUCAAGUCCGACUUUGUUUUUCUUUUCCAAGAGACCAUUUUAUAUACUUUGGGACAUGAACUGGUGUUUUCAUGUUCAGUUCAGUGAUAGCUAAUCCUAACUCUUCUCCCAGCCCUGUAGACACUGGUCUCUCUAAAUACAUUUCUAAAAACAAAACAAAGUUAUUAAAAAACCUUUCUUUUGUGUUGUGAAACACUCACAUAGUCCCCUUGAAACCUUCAUGAAUGACUGCUAAUUAUGUUCAUUCCUCUGCAGACAAAAUCAUUUACAAGGGGGCUAGAGAGAACAUAGCACCCUCACACGGGCAGUGUGAUUUUUUUUUUUCUCUAACCUGGGCAUCUGUCAGCUUCUCAUGGUCAGAUUAGUCCAGGUUGACCCGUCUGGACCACCCUUCCGUGCAUCUGCAUUGGAAGCCUUAGCAGGAACCAGACUGGCUUGCUGUAGCAGCUUCCCUGUGAAUCCCCACCAAGCUGUCACAGCCCCCAACACUGCCACUCUCUUCUGUAAGGAAGCCAUCCCACUCCUUUGUCGGUCCAGUUUCCCUCCUCACUACCCUGUGUUUGAAAGAUCAAUUGCAAAGACCCGGGGAACAUUGUUCAGCUUUCAGAUUAAGUAAGCCUGGCACUCACCUAUGAGAAGCCACAGUCCAGCCUGCCUAACCCUCAGCACGUUCUCCUGGCCUGCUUGGGGGCAGAGGCUCAUCUGGUGACCUGGUUUCUGCUCGUGCUAACUCUGCACACACGAGUUGUCCACUGUUUUGAGAAGUCUGGAGCUCUCUGGCUCUGCCCCAGCAGCAACCUGCUGUUGAUUUACAGCACAGGGUUUUGUUUGAAAGAGCCUUAUUAGAAAAUAUGUCUUUCAUUUACUUUCUCAAGUAUUUAUAUUCUUUGCUUGCUUACUUUGCUGGAUGGUAGCUUAGUCGGAAGUGCCAGCAUAUGGCAUUCAGAUAGAGCAGGCUGUGUUCAGGACAGCUUCCGGCAUUUACUUUAACCCUUAUAUAAUUUAUUUCUAUUUUGUGCAUACUAUAGUCCUGUGCAUAUGUAGUUGAACACGCAAUGGGCUAAAUGUCUCUCUUUGUGGAUGUGUGGCCUAAAACUAUGAAUGUCAGAGCAAAGAACAGCUCUCUCUCUCUCUGACCAUCGCCCACGAUUUGUUUGCUUCUGUGUUUAUCUAGCCUCCUGCACUGUUACUUUGAAACAAGAAGUUUUGCCUUUUGGGGGCUCUUCUCAUGUGUCCAGUCUGGCAUGUCAGAGGACACUUAGCCUGUGACUGUGUCCUUUUACAAAGUUUACUUCAUCUGCAGUAAAUUCAACUGCUUCAAGGACUCUCGCAGGGGGAUGGACUUGGAAAAAGGCAAUCGAGCGCUUGCUCUCCUUGCUCUCUUUGGUAUAGACUGUUUUGACCUGGGUCCAAUCAAAACCACAAGGACAGGCAGAAUAUCAAGCCAAGAAAGAAGUGAAAUGAAACGUGAACAUAACCGUUUAUGCUACCCCUUUCUGUUUGCUGUCGUUGGUUGCUUUACUGUGCAUAUCGUUGUUUUCAAUGCAAUGCUUGUUAAAUAAAUAUUGUGAACUAUUUUGUAAAUGAAAUGUAUUAUGUCGAAAGCUGUCAGCAGCUGUCAAAAAAAAUAAGCUUUUGUUGUGAAAGAAAAAAAUGUGUUAGAUAAAACAAAGCAAAAAGCCAAAAAAAGAAAAAAAAAAGAAAAAAAAACCAAACCCACCUUGUUUUCAUAUAUAUAGCACCUAUUUGAAUAUACUCUUUCUUUAAUAUUUCUUUUAGCAUCACCAUUUCAGUGCUGUAGAGGGAUCUCCCUGUCACGUUUUGUCAUGGUAAUAGCUUGCUAAGAAGUAAGUGAUGAGAGUACCAAGUGGGAGGUGGUGAGGGGCUUGGAAUACUUGCUGCCAAGCUUCGCAGAGUGUGAGAGGCUCUGUUCACUGCUGGCCCUCACCCCCACUUCUCUACAACCAUUGCCUGCUCUGAGUCAUCCUUACUACCGCAAGCUGCACCUGGGGUCACUCUCAGAACGUUUGGACGAUUGUGUGUCAUAGGCAGAAAAAGGAGUUGAUGGAAAAUGGACUCUUCAAAACUGACAUGUUCGGUAUCAGUGCUAGAGGGAACAGAUUGUGAAUUUUGUUUACAGCAUCCAAUAUUUGGAUUUUUGGUUUUGUAAAUAAAAAGAAGUUAUUUUUUUCUAUUGA